AUGAAGAAAAAAAAUUCAAUUUGCAAUAAAGGAAAUGAAAACGAAAAUGUAAAUGAAAAUAUUUUGAAUUUUAAUAGCAAUGAGCCCAUACAAUUUUUAGAUAUAAAUGCGAAAAAUAUUUUUGAUUAUGACAUAACAAAAUUAGAUAUAAGAAAAGUGAAUAACCAUAUAAGGUUAAAUGAUAUUUGUAAAUUAUAUAAUUAUUUAAACAAGAAUUCAUUGUAUUAUGUAUCAGAAAAAAAUCCAUCAAUAUCAGAUAUAAUAUGCUUAGAAAAUUUUUGUUUAGAAAAUAGUAUUGAUUAUAAAAUUAAUUUAGAUAAUAAUAAAAAAUGUAAACUUAACAAUCAAGUAGAUUUUUGUAAAAAUAAUCAACAAAUUAAUAAUGAUAUCAGAGAUAAUGAACAACAAAUUAUAAGUGAUGUGAACUGUGAUAAAAAUGAAAGUUGCAAAAAUGAUAUAUAUACUGAUGAUACAAACAUUGAUAAAAAUAAUUUAAUAGAUAAGAAAAAUAAUAUGAAAAAUUCUUUUAACAGCUCUUCUGAUUUACAUUCACUUUCUUAUUCUUCUUCAUCUAUUUCUUCUUCUGAUUCUUGCUCUUCUUAUUUGUCUUCAUCUUCUUCUUCAUCAUCAAAUAUAUCAGAUAAAAGCAAUCAAAAUAAUAAUAUGAACAACUUAAAGAAUUUGGAGAUAAUUAAGAAAAAUAUCGAAAAUAAAGAAAAAAUAAAAAAAAAAAAAAAAAAAUUUAAAUCCAUUUUAGGGAAAUUUCGAAAAUACGAUGUUAUUUCUAUUAAAAGGUGUAAUAAACAAACUUGCAUUUCUCAAAUUUACAAAUUUGUAAAAAAUGAUGAUAAUACAAAUAUUAUUUGCCAAUGGAUAUAUAGUUAUAGUGACUGUAAUAAAUAUUUAUAUAACAAUUUUGAAAGUCAUUUAAAUAAAUGGAGUGUUUUGCCGUGUUUAGGUUAUUUUGAUAAAAAUAGCAUAGAAAGUAUUAUAAAUAAAAUUGAAGUAUAUAAUUUUUAUGAAUUUUUAUAUUUGUUUAAUGAUUUUCCUUUAUGUUGUGAACAUAAAAAAAAAUUAAAAAUUGAUAAUUUUCAAAAAAAUUUAAAACAUAAUAUUGUUUAUGACUCUAUUAAUAAUGCACCCUUAUUAAACUAUAAAGAUGAAGCAAAUAAGAAAGAACUAGAAAAUUUAAAUGAAGAUGAAAAAGAAUUAAAAGAUAUAAAUGAAUAUAAUAAUUCUGCUAAUAGUAGAAAUAAUUAUAAAUGCAAUGAUAUAAAUGUCAAAUCAGAAGAAAAAGACUUAGAUGAAGGAAAAAUAAUAAGCGAUAAAGAAAUAGAAAAUAAGCAAAAUGAUAAUAACAAUAAUAAUAAUAAUAUAUCAGAUAAUGCAACAAAUACAAAUAACAAUAACAUGUGCAUAUAUGAUGAAGAAAUUGUAUUAAAUGAAAUAAAUGAAGGACAUAAGAGAAGAAAGAAGGAAAAUUGUUCUUUUAGGAUAUUUUAUUAUGAACAUUUUUUAUGUAAAAAUACUAAGAUAGUACCUUGUGUAAAAAAAAAUUGUGUUAUUAUAAAUAGAAAAAAUAAUGAAGAUUUAAAUUUUUUUAUAAAUACUAAUUUAUACGAUAAAAUAAAGGAUAAAAAUAAUAUAUAUUAUCAAGAAAGUAAUGAUUAUGUAUUAAGUUACAAGAAUUUUGAAUUUCUUUAUUUUUAUUGUUUUAAUUGUAGAAUAUAUUAUGAUAUUAACAUAAUUUUUUCUCAUAUAAUAUUUAACUCUUUGAAUAGCAGUACUUCAUCAAAUAAAAUGUAUAUGUUUUUACAAAGAUAUAAAAAAAUGUAUGAUAUAAAAAUAAAAAGACAAAAAGUUAAACAAACAGAUAUAUAUUUUAUAUGCUCAAAUUGUGUUAAUAAUAAUAUAUUUAACGUGAAUGAGUAUAUGGAAUACUUUUAUUAUUUUUGUGAUUUAGUAAAUUUAUUUAAUCAUAAUUUUUCAUUAUAUAAUGAAUAUAUUAAAAGCAUUUUCAAUUUGGAUAUUCCAUUUUUUUCAUUAUAUAAUGUUACAAAAGAAAAGGUAUUACUAGCAAUUAAAAAAAAAAAGCCUCGUUUAAAUGAAAAUUUAAAAAAUUAUUCUUUUGCAAAAAAAAAAAAAAAUAAUUAUUCUUCUAUAUCUAGUAAAAGAAAAAAAAGUCAAGAAAAAUUAAUUAAUAGUAAUAAUAAUAGCAAUACAUUAUCUAAUGAAAGUUCUCUUUUCUUCUCCAAUGAAAUUCAAAAAGAUAAAAAAGAAGAAAAGAACAAUAAUGAUAAUAAUUCUUUAUUUAUAAAUGAAACAAAACAAGAUGCAAAAAAAAUGAGAUAUAAAAAAGAAAAAGAAAAAAUAUGUGGUCAUUCUGUUAAUGAAAAAAUUAAUAAAAAUAAAGAAAUUAAAAAAUAUAAUUCUAAAGAUGAUAAUAAAAGAUGUACAGAAAAUAAUGAAGAAAAAUGCAAAAAGGAAAACUAUGAAGAAAAAAAUUAUAAUAGUACACAAAUUACCAGUGAUAAUGAAAAAACAAAUAAAAAAAAUAUAAUAAAUGAGAUUGAACUCAAAAAAAAUAUUGAGUACAUUGAAAAUAAUAAUACAGAACUUUUAAACAAUAAAAUAAAAAAAGAAGAUGAAUACUUUGAUAAAAAUUUGGGAAAAAGAGAUAACAAAAGAAUCAAAGAAAAAAAGAGAAAAAAAAAAAAUGAGGAAGAUGAAUUAUUUAAUGAAUGCUGCAUAUCUAACGAAAGUGAAGAAUAUUCAUUUAAUGAAAGCAUGAAGGAUUAUACUGAUGAAGAUAUUAUUGAAGAAAAUCAAAUAUUAAAUGAAGAAAUUUAUAGUGAUGACUCGGUUUUCUAUGAUGAUGAAUAUACUUCCAAUAGAAAAAAAAGAAGAAAAAAAAAAAAAGGAAAAUCAAAAAAAAAAGAAAAUAUAAAAAUGAAAAAAUUAUCUGUAAAGGAAAAAAAUAUAACUGAAGAAAAUAGCAAUAAUAUUUGUGAAAAAUUAAAUAAUGAAAAAAAAGAAGAAUAUCAAACAUAUGAAGACGAAAUAGAAGAAAAAGAGGGUGAUUGCAAUGAAGAAGAAGAAGGAAAUAUAACAAAGUAUACCAAAGUAAUUGAUAAAAUAAAACAAUGUUUGGAUGAAGAAAAUAUGAAUGUGAAUACAAAAACUCUUAGUAAAAAUAUAGUAGAAAAAGUUAUACAGAUUUAUAAAAAUAAAUUAGACGUGAAAAUGAAGUUAUUUUCUAUUUGUAGUAAUUUAUUGAGAAAAGAUAAUUCUGAAUUACGAAAAAAAAUACUAAAUGGAACAAUAAGUUGUAGUGAUUUAGCACAAAUGAAUUCUUCUGAUUUAGCUCCAAUUAGUUUACAAAAUAAAAGAAAAGAGUAUGAAAGAAAAUAUUUUUAUGAAAAUAUAUAUUUGAGAGAAAAUUACAUAAAUUUAAAAAAAAAAAACAUAAAUGACGAGGAGGAAACAUAUCUACCUAAUAUGAUUUAUGAAGAAAAAUUAAAAUCAAAUGAAAAAAAUUUAAGUAAUGAAAAUGAUAUUAACAAUGAAAAUAAAGGAGAUAAAAAUUCAUUAAUUAUUAAAAAUGAUUUAGUAAAAAAUGACGAAAAUGUCAACUGUGAUAAUAAUCAAAAUUCUGAUGAUUAUAUUAAGAAAAAAAGUACUGUAGAAAAUGAAGAUGAAAACAAUAGUGCAUAUACAAUCCCUCCUAUAGAAAAAUAUGAUUUUGAGCACACAUAUAAAAAUUUAAAAUCUAUUUACGAGAAUUUGCCUAAAUUUGCUUCAUCCCCAAUUUUGACAUUUUUAGAUAAUUCUUAUAAUAGAAUUCUUUCCAUUAUAGAUGCUAAUAAGAAUAAUGAAAUUUAA